ACACAAACUCAAAUUUCAGUACAAUCUGUCCAUUAUUAAUCACAUCAAUGUUUUAAAAAUUAGAAUAGAGAUUACUAUCAAAAAAAGAAAUUAGACUAAAGAUUGACAGGCUAGACCUCUGCAACAUGGUUCAACUGUCAUAAACCGCUCAUACAAAAACGAAACUUCAAUUGAAGGUGCAAUCGAUUGAACCGUCUGGUUUGAUUCGGUUUUUAAAACACUAAAUUAUAUAACAUCACAUGAAAAUAUUCAAUGAAUCAUGAAAACAUAGGGGCAGUUACUAUAACAUGUUUGAGUUGAGUGUUUGAUAUUUAUUAGUUAUUACAGUACAUUGCUUUAAAGAUAUAACGGUUUCACAUAAAUAUGGAGCUUUGCGGUUUCAUUUACUUGUUCCAAAAGCAACCCUCUCUGUCUUCAUCUUACUACUUUCCUUUACUCCCACUCCUCCACGUUUUGCCAUUCUUUUUGUUCUUAUAUAUAUAAAUAAUCUCAUUGAAUUAACACAUAACAAAACACCAACGUUAUAUAUCACACAUACUAAUGUUACAACUGCAACCAAGAUUAUGUUUUUAACUUCUAACUAGUCAAUCAUCUAAUUCCAUCUGGGCUUUCUUUAUUUUUUCUUUUUCAAUUUAUAGAAUCUUGUUCUUGUUUUCUCUUUUGAACAAUGUCUUCUUUUACACACCAUAGAAGUAUUGUCAUCUUUAAUCUUUUCCUUGCAGUACUUGUUGCAAAUUCUAGCUUUUGCUUUUCUGAUAAGGUUUAUGUAGUGUAUAUGGGAAGCAAAAGUAGUGAUCAAGAUCCAGAUGAUAUUCUGAAUCAUAAUCAUCAAAUACUUGCAGAAGUUCAUAGAGGAAGUGUUGAACAAGCACAAGCUUCACAUAUUUAUAGCUACAAACAUGGUUUCAAAGGCUUUGCGGCAAAGCUCACUGAUGAACAGGCUUACCAAAUUUCAAAAAUGCCGGGAGUGGUUUCUGUGUUCCCUAAUUCUAAAAGAAAGUUGCAUACUACUCAUUCAUGGGACUUCAUGGGACUUUUAGAUGAUGAAACAAUGGAGAAUAAGGGUUACUCAACCAAAAACCAAACAAAUGUCAUUAUUGGUCUCAUUGAUACUGGAAUUUGGCCUGAAUCACCGAGUUUUAGAGACACUGACAUGCCACCGGUGCCGCGUGGAUGGAAAGGCCAUUGUCAAAAUGGAGAAGCUUUCAAUGCUUCAUCUUGCAACAGGAAAGUAAUUGGAGCAAGAUACUAUAUGAGUGGAUAUGAAGCAGAAGAAGGAUCAGACAAAAAAGUCUCUUUCAGAUCUCCAAGAGACAGCUCUGGUCAUGGAAGUCAUACAGCAUCCACAGCAGCAGGACGAUACGUGGCAGACAUGAAUUAUAAGGGGUUGGCAUCAGGAAAAGCAAGGGGAGGUGCACCUAUGGCUAGAAUUGCUGUUUACAAAACAUGUUGGGAUUCUGGUUGCUAUGAUGUGGAUUUGUUAGCUGCCUUUGAUGAUGCCAUAAGAGACGGUGUUCACAUUAUAUCUUUAUCUCUUGGUCCUGAAGCUCCUCAAGGUGACUAUUUCAAUGAUGCCAUAUCCGUGGGAUCUUUCCAUGCUGCUAGACAUGGAGUGCUUGUAGUAGCAUCAUCUGGAAAUGAUGGAACUGUUGGCUCUGCAACAAACCUUGCACCAUGGAUUAUCACCGUUGCUGCUAGCUCAACAGAUAGGGAUUUCACCUCUGAUAUUCUGUUAGGAAAUGGUGUUCACAUCACGGGUGAGAGUCUCAGUCUAUUCGAAACGAAUGCAUCCAGAAGAAUAAUUCCUGCAUCUGAAGCCUUUGCGGGAUAUUUUACUCCUUAUCAAUCCAGUUACUGUUUAGAUAGCUCACUAAACAAGACCAAGACCAAAGGGAAGAUUUUGGUGUGUAGACAUGAUGAGGGUUCAAUGGCAUCAAAAUUGGAAAAAAGUAAGGUAGUGAAAGAGGCGGGUGGAGUUGGGAUGGUACUCAUUGAUGAAACAGAUCAAGGUGUUGCCAUUCCAUUUGUGAUACCUUCGGCUAUUGUUCAAAGGAAAACAGGAGAACAGAUUCUAUCCUAUAUCAAUAGCACACGCAUCCCUAUGUCAAGGAUUUCCGGGGCCAAGACAGUAGUAGGAGUUCAGCCUGCACCGCGUGCAGCAGCAUUUUCUUCCAAAGGCCCCAAUUCCUUAACCCCGGAAAUUUUGAAGCCUGAUAUUUUAGCUCCAGGGUUAAACAUCCUAGCAGCAUGGUCUCCAGCAGCAGCUGGAAACAUGAAGUUCAAUAUUCUAUCAGGAACUUCUAUGUCUUGUCCUCAUGUUACUGGAAUUGCAGCCUUUAUUAAAGCCGUGCAUCCUUCAUGGUCUCCAUCUGCUAUCAAAUCUGCCAUCAUGACUACUGCAACAAUUCUGGAUAAGCACAAUGAACCGAUUAGAGUGGAUCCUGAUAGAGGAAGGGCUAAUGCAUUUGAUUAUGGAGCAGGGUUUGUGAACCCUGCAAGAGCACUGGAGCCUGGUCUUGUAUAUGAUUCACAGCCAGAAGAUUUUGUUGCAUUCUUGUGUUCAAUUGGAUAUGAUGAGAAGUCACUCCAUCUCGUUACAAGAGACAACAGCACAUGUGAUGGGGCAUUCAAAACACCAUCUGACCUCAACUAUCCAUCUAUUGCAGUUCCCAAUCUUGAAGACAACUUUUCAGCAACUCGAGUUGUGACUAAUGUUGGAACAGCUAGAAGUGUAUAUGAAGCUGAAGUGUUGUCUCCAGCUGGAGUUAAUGUUACUGUUGUGCCAAACCGGUUAGUAUUCACAAGAACAGGACAGAAAAUCAAGUUUACUGUAAAUUUCAAAGUGAUCUCUCCCUUAAAGGGAUAUGCAUUUGGGUUCUUAACAUGGAGGAACAGAAUAUCACAGGUCACCAGUCCUUUAGUUGUUAAGGUUGCAACAGCUAGCCUUGGGUUGGUCAGAUAACAACAAUUGUACAUAUGUACAUAUUAGCUUAGGAGCUGAGAUCCUCAUGGUCACUAUAAGAACAAACAGUCAUACUAAAGUCCUACGGGAAUCUAGAUGAUCGCUGCCAAACUUGAGUUGCAGCUAUAUGUUUGGGGAAGCAAGCAAUUCCAAGCACAGAAUUCAAAGAAAUGAUAUCUUAAUUCUUGAUGCCUUCAACUUACUAUAUCACACUAUUUGUCAGAUGUUACAAGAGAGAACUUUGUGAUAUACUAGUAGAAUGGUAGCCGUAGGUUAGUCAAUAAUAGCCAUGUAUACUACUUGUGUCUGUAAACUGUAAAAGCCUUGUAUAGUAGUGUCUCGGAGCUGGAAAGUUAAAAUAGUUUGGUCAUUAUUUUAAGAUUUUACCUCUUAAAGAAAGUAUGUAGUUAUGGGAAAAAUUAUUUAGAAAUAAAAAGGAUAUGAACAUGUUUUGCUUGUCAAAA